CUUGCCUUUACUUUUAGUCCUGGAGCUUGUUCGAGUACGGGCAUGCUGGCCGCUGUUCUGGCAUCUAGAGAUAUGGUGGAGUUUCCAUUUCGAUCCCACGGUUCAACGAUUGACAUUCCCGGAGGUAGCGAGCUUGUCAAAGUCCGACUAAUCCGCAAAAUUGAUCACACUUGACGAGAAGGUCUCGGCGAAUUCGUGGUGUUCCGAGAAAACAGGGAGAUGCUGUUGUAUCAAAGGCGAAGUGGUGACUUUUUGCGUGUAGACUGUGCAAGGCUUGGAGGGUUUGGUUUGGGGUCGAGAGCAACCGGCGGCCAUGAAUAGACUAUCCUCGUGUGGUUACGCCAAGCUUUUAUCCUAUGAUAUCACAUGACAGGGCAGCUAACUUGGCACAAUUUGAGCCUCACCCUUACUCUUCAACUCCAACGUCACCACAUCCCGUCACCAAGUCCCAAACGCCACUUCAACUCCCAGCACGCUUUUCAAUCCCGCUAUAUACCCUUCCUCUAUUCCCCCGAGACAGCCCAUCAUAUCGCCCUUUGCCCCGAGCCAAAAACCUAUAAUAAUCAUGGCCGAAGACGCCGCCACUGUGCUGGAACAGUUCAUCCACGACGUGGCAAAUCUGCCGGCUGAAAUUGCCCACAUCUAUGAGGAAAUUCAGGCGAAAGAUCGCAUCUUGAAGGAAAAUCGAGAUGGCGCCUUGGCACGUGACAACAGCUUGCAGAAGCAUAUAAAGAUGCAUGGAAGUCACGUGGAACACCCCAAAGAGGCACUAUAUGUCGAGCAGAUCAAGAAAGCAUACGAGAAAAUCAAAGAAAUUCAAGACGAGAAGGUUCUAUUAGCACACAAGGCUGACGAUCUGGUUGAGAAACAUAUGAAACGUCUCGAUGCUAAAAUCACCGACCUUACCCGCGACGGCCUCAUGCCCCCAGAUUCUCUCCUCCCAUCCCCAUAUCUCAAGAACCUCCCCGUCUCCGCGUUCGCCCCGCGCCAGCCUAUGAUGCGCGCAUCUCCGAUGCACACCGCACGUGUCCCCUCUCAGCACCCCACCGCUAAUCCAACACCAGCUGUUCCGGCGCAUAUCACACCGGCCGCGACACCGGUUGCUUUCCCUGCCCCCCAAAAUGUGUCUACCCCCCGCGACUCUCACGAAAAUAAGCGGCGGCGGCUGACGGCGCCCCCUAAUACAGUCCCCGCCACCUCCUCCAAUCUUGCGUCGCAUCCCUCGACCCCUGGGAUCCGGCCGGACCCGCUGGGCCAAACCAGGAGAUCCAGCACCCCUAAUGUGAACAUGAAGAAGCGCAAGAAUCCGCCUAAAAGAGAGCUGCUUUCUGAAGAGGACGACGAUGACGACGAUGACGAGUUAGAUGAGGAGGGUGGUGAGGAUAAAAGGCUUUACUGUACUUGUCAGCAGGUGUCUUAUGGAAACAUGGUUGCCUGUGAUGAUGGGGACUGCCCAUAUGAGUGGUUUCACUGGGCCUGCGUAAACUUAACAAAAGAGCCUCCGGGGAAAUGGUUUUGUCCUACCUGUACCCAGCGAAGGGACAAAAUGAAGUCUAUGAGGGGGUAGCCCAUGGCGUUUCCUGGUAUGGCUUUUUUUUUUGCACCCUUUAGGUUAGCUGUUCCUGUACCAUAGUUGAUAUAAUCUCGCAUCGAAGGGGCGUUAUCAUCUUGUAUGUUUUCGGUGCGCCCCGGAAAGGGGACUGCUUGGACCAGCAUCGUUGCGUGAUAGUGUUUGAAACAAAUUGUGCCAUAAUAUCCUUCAUUUUU